CGCGGCCAUGUGCGCCUAAUGGGGCGCGCUCCGCUGUCGGUCCGCGAGGGACCGCUACCCUCGGAGACCCCCGAUCGCCAGGCAAGAAGUGAUCAAAUGAGCUCCUGGAAAACAAAAGAGAACAAACACAGUUCUACAUUAGGAGUUCAACUUCAAUGAACAUUUAUUAGGGACGGUCUGACAUUCAGAAAUGCUUGUUUCUGAAUCUUUUUCUUAUUUGAACAUUUAAAAAUAUUCAAGGGAAAGCCGUUAACUUAGGUGUGUUGCAGUCAUUUCAGGCAGUGAACAGAGUAUCCCCAGCCAUCAGGCACCUGUGUUAGGAGAUUGGGCUGUAAUAAAUUACCAUGGCUUAUGGCUUGCCAAGAAAGAACACAGUGAAAACCAUUCUGCGGGGCAGUUGUUAUGAAAUACAGGAACCUUGGGAUCUUGCACUACUUACAGAGGUCUGGUGCACGAACCUAGCCAAACUCAAGUUGCCUUUCUUGGAAGAAAUUGGAUUUGGUAGUCCCAUACCCCUCAAAAAUUAUAAAACCAAUAAGGAUGGUCUGCUCCCUUCUGCAGAAUCCAUCAAAUUUGAAAGGGAGUAUGAAAUGAAGCGCCUGAAUAACCUGAAAUGUCAGGAAGAUGCAGCUAAGGAAAUUCAGUUUUCCCUAAGGGAAAGGCAAGUUGGUUUGAGAAGACCUCUUCCACCUAAGUGACAGCCAUCUCAUAAUCGAAUCUGUAGUCUGGCUUUCCAUGUCUGCCGGGGAUGAAGGGCUGCGACCUUUCACUAUGUGAAGUUUGGUGCAUACAUACGCAUGCCCAGUGGUAGACGAGCAGCUAAUCUGACAGAUCUCCUGGGUCCCUGCCACACACUUCUUCCAUUGUAUCACAAGCAACAGCGUGGUAAAUAGAUGAAAAAUACAUCUGGAA